GCCACUACAUUGAUGCGUCCGGUUCCGACUCAAAGUUAGCUGCGGCUUGAUCCAAGCUUGACUCCGAUAGGCAGACAGUGCAACCCGAAAACCUCGUAUGACCUGCCGGCCAUGACAGAGUCGGCCGCCGGAGUCUUGAAGGGUAUACCCAUGGGUGUCGCUUUGAGUCAUGUAGGACCAAGAUCUUUGCUCGGGCUUUCAAAGCAUUGUGACGCAGACGAAGCAUCCUCCUGCGUUUCCGGAUGACACGGUCUUUUCAAGUACGAUGCUUGACUGGUGCGACAACGAAGAUUGUAUGUUCUCGUCCCAACGCCCAAAUAUCCCGAAGCAAGUGCGAAUUCAAGUGCACUUCGUCAGGAAUCGGUUCGAGCACGACUGGUGGCUCUGCUUGCCACUACUUGAUACCCAAGUCCCUCCGAGGUGGCUGUGUGUUUCAAGGCCUGAUCACGGUGUUCCGAACUUCAAGCAGGUCAAGAAUCAGCACGAUGAGUACAUUUGUGACCACAUCAACUCAGUAUCCCCGCAGAUACCCCGGUCUGGAUGGGUUCUCAGCUUGUAUAGUAUAUAAGGAGGCGGACGAAUAUGUGCGCGAAACCCAAUUAUUUUCCCCCUCAAACCAAUUCAGAUGGAAUAUCCAUCGGUCGACAUUACAACGGCCAGAAGUCUGCAACCCUCAGCGUACAUAUGCACUUAGCGUUGAUAGCGGCGACAUUCUGGGUAUAUUUAUCCUGAUCUAUUUCCGUCUGCCGUUAAACUUGUUUAUCCAGACCUAUGACUAUAUUUGUUCACUUCACGUAGAGUGGACAUUCCUGCUUCGGUCACGCCUUACCAAGGUAAAAGCCCUUUAUAUCAUUGCCCGAUAUGUCCCCUUUUUCAUCGUCGCCGCGGACCUAGUAUAUAUGAACUUCUCAAGGAACGAGGACCGCAAUACUUAUAUCAAUCGCUUGCUCUGA